CUUGUGGCCCACCAGCUCAAGUGCGUUUGUUCUGUGCUGAUUGUUUUAAAGGAUUUUGCAUCCAUCGACAGAAAAGUGGAGGGGAUAACUUUUUGGAAUUCAGCCUAGGGCUUCCUCUUUGACACUCUCUCCUGGCUUGCACUCUCUCUCACUCUUUCCCUGAGGAGAGCCCGAUACUUAAGAGGGUUGACUUGUUCUAAAGAAUUCAGGUAAGAUGACGUCCAAUCUUUUGUUUAUUGCUGCUAAUGCUAGGAAGUAGGAGUAAAAACAGCUCAUACAUAUCAAGGCAUGUUCACCUGAGUGGCUCUUACAGGUGGGCUGGGAUGUAAUUCACCUAAUUUGUAUAAAUACAAGUUAGAUUUCUAGUUCAUGUCUUGGAAUCCGUCUUGUUGCAGUGUUGCUCAAACAUAGCUUUACAGACCUGCAUCAUUUCUCAGGAUUUCCUGCUAAUAUUCAGAUUUUCUUUUAACUACUUCCUCUCAUCUGUUUCUCAGGGCCUUGGCCCGAGAACGUGUGGUGCAUGCUAUUCCUCAGCUGAAAAAUGGCUUGUUAACACAUUUUGUUUUGGGCGUGAUGACUCAAUGCAACAUUUGAGGAGUUUGUAUGAGUUGACAGUAAAGAGGAACAGAUUAUGGCUCAUCACAGUGGCCACCGUACCUGUCACUUCUGAGUUAUUGUCAGCUUACCACAAAAAACUCCCACGAGCUGUCAUCACAAACAGACAAAGACCUUCAAAGUCAUCACGUCUCUCAGCAUGUCGGUUGUUUGCGCCAUCACUGAGGUUUUUUGAAAGCAGCGAGUACAAAACAUGUUCAUACAGAAAGAGAUCAUAUGUCUCUAUUAAUGUAAUCUACUGUGGUUGGUGUGACUGCUUCAUACUGACCAGCAGCUCUCAUGUUGAACACUGUUAGUGAAGACCGUUUAACCUACAUGGCUGCACAAGUCUAACAUCCAUCCUUAGAAAUCUUCAGACAGCAUCUGUGCCCCAAAUAUUCUUGAGUCUUUGCCUGAUUACAAACUAUCCAAAGGAAGUUCAGAAGUAAAGUGACCUAAAUUUUCAGAAGAGUGGUUUUAUAUCUGAAAGGAUGUAGUUUCUUUCUCAGGAGGUUGAAUCAUGCUUCUCCGGUAUUUGGCUUAAAGAUAAGCUUCUGUUUAAGCUUCACUUGUUAGCCAACAUCAGAGCAGACUGACCACAUGUUGAAGCUCAGACGCAUGUCACAUCCUCUCUUAACCAUGAAGCCUGUUCCUGCUGCAGGUGUUUACAACACUGCUGAGUUUAAAGCUGCAAACCUUUGACUGCUUCAUUCCUACAAGUUUUCUCUCAUGUCUAAAUCCUUUCCUCUUAUUUUUCUCUCUCUUUGCACAGUGCAUAAAGCCUGAACAUCUGUCAUAGUGUCACUCAUGAUGUACAGCUUCAUGGGAGGGGGCCUAUUUUGUGCCAUAGUGGGGAACAUCCUGCUGGUGGUCUCCACAGCCACAGACUACUGGAUGCAGUACCGUCUGUCCGGCAGCUUUGCCCAUCAGGGCCUGUGGAGGUACUGCAUGUCCGGAAAGUGCUACAUGCAGACUGACAGUAUCGGUGAGUGGAUAAAUACCUCCUGGACGGUUCAGAAACUCCUCCAAGAGCUUAGAUCCGAAUGACUGUUGAGUGACUUUUAGAGGAUGUUCAGAGUAGAAAGGCCGAUCACAGCGACAGAAAGACUUGUCAAAUAGAUACACCCACAUCUCUCAUUUUACUACCUUCAGCUGUAUUAACAGGGCUUGACACUAACUUUUUUCACAAGGAGCGCAAGUGCUCCUAAGUUAAAAAGUAAGGAGCACACAAAGAACUUUAGGGGCAAAAUGAAAAUUGAUCGAAUAAUGUGUGUCUUAUUGGUCGACAUAAGUACCAUUAUUUGAAAUCAAUUUUAGGUCAGUUGGUCAAAUGACAUGGAAACUAUUGAAGGAAAACAGCCUUUUCUGAGAACAUCAACCGGUAAUUUAUUGAUGGUCCCUUAUUUAACACCCAACGUUGACAGCAAGGGUGCCAAGUAGAUUUAACCCAUAGACAGUAUAUCGUAUGGACAACUUGGUUCCGCCUUCUCCCUGUAUACGGUUUGAAGCAAAAAGGCUCUCGGUAAUUCUGCGUUUUUUCUCCACUUCCUGAAACUAACAUUGCGCAGUAGUGUUGUACGCAUUUUAGAGUCGCAGAGAGACACUGUGAUGACGCUCGGCUCAAACAGUGUAUACCCCCGGGUGAGCUACGCAAUCUUCAUACGCCAAUAGGUUGUAUCAGGUGUCAAUCAUAGAAACAUGAACUUUUAAAAAUUGAGUUUUACAGAAAAAAAGAGGACUUGAGCACAAACCAGUCUUACUGUAACUACAUGUCAACAUCACAAGCAGGAGGGAAAAAAUUUCUAAAGUUUGUCCACAGCUCCAUAAGAUUUGCUGGCGAAGGCUAGAUUUAUGACCUAUACUGCAGCCCGUCACCAGAGGAUGCUGUUCUCAGAGUGGCUUCACCCAGCAAGGAGGCAGACGGCGUCCAUUCUAUAUACAGUCUAUAAUUUAACCACGCUGCUGUUGCUAUCCCGGGUUAUGGAGAGUGAGAAGACACCGGUAGAUCCGCAGUGAAUAUCUGUCGGAUAUCCAACCUAAAACUAACUUCACUGCGGUAUUUACAUGAAAAAACAUUUGUUGCUCCGCCUGAUUUUUUUUAAUAUCACAUGUGCCCCUAAAUACAUUUUACAAUUUACACACAUCUAUUUUUAGUCGCAAAUACGAGUGAAAUGGUCGCACUGUCGAGCCCUGAUUUAGAUAUAACUGUGAUUUGAUCAAAAUGACAACAUUAGCAUGCUAAAGUGCUCACAGAGAUGAUGCUAGCAUUUAGCUGAGCAUUUCAGCAUGUCAAACUUUGAUAAUAAGCAUCAAGAUGCAGCCUAUAAUGAUGAAAUUAAAGCCAAUCAAAGGACUGUAGGUCCUUGAUUGACAGCUAAAUCCAAGUGAUCCUUAAUUAAAGGCAUAUCAAAAUGCCCAUUUUCCCCUGUGGGUAUAUUUAUGUUUAUAAAAAACACUUUAUUCGUCUCCAUAACUCAAAACUUCAUUCUCAAAAGUUUAUUUCUGUAUAAAACUCAUCUAUUUUGAUUACAAUUGGGGUUAUAGAUGUGCAUAAUUAAGGAGUUUCUUGUUUUACCUUUAGCUAUUUAUAUGUGUCUAUAUUAGCCGAUAGUAUUUUGGAGUCUGCAUGACCAAUUUGUUGACCUUCCUCUUUACGUUACAUACGUUACGUUUAUAAAGUCUAUGAUUAACAUUAAGUCUAAGUUCAGCUGAAACUGAUGGAUAUGUUUGUUUGUUUCACUCCAAAUAACUCAGAUUUCACCAUGUGUACUUGUCCAAUUCCAGCCAAAAUAUCUCAUUAUACUAAGUACAAGCUAAAUUCACCUUACAAGUCCAGGUAUGACUCUUUAUUUCGAGAUAUUACAAAAAAAAAAUGAGGCCAAUUCGCAUUUAGUGAUUAAGAAAGCUGUAAAAGGAGUAAAAUGUACUGAUAAAAUGUAAUGAUUCAAAUUUAAACCUCAAAAUGUCGGAUCAGUCAUCUAAUGUCACAUGGUUAACCUGACCCUUUCACACACUUAUUCAUCGAGGAAUGGCGUGAACAUCUGAGCCACACUUCGUGACGGUGAGAGACUAAACCUCAAUCAGGGAGACACAGAAGACCCCAGCGUGCUUUGUCUAAGACCACAAAUUUCUGUGUAACAUUUUUGGCGAUCAGGCAGACGGUUGACCAGAAAUUUAUGCUUGAACUGAACCUGCAGACUGAAGUUUCGCCAGUCCUGGUUCAACUGUGGUGAAAAAAUUAAAUCUGAGCAAUUCAAAAGUACCCCUCCACUCAGAGUGAGGUUUUCACUGAAUGAUCUCACUAAUUUCAACUCACUUAACCUUUUUUUGCCCUGACUCAGUGUGGUGACGAAGGUGGAUAAAACAGACUCUUUCGAAAGCAGAUACAUGCUUGAUUGUCAGGCUGGAAAUGAGUCUGAACUGCUCAUAGUGGAUGGAAUUGUAGAGCUGAUACUGUUGUUAGGGCUGCCAUAUAAAACAAAGGAGUUACACUGAAAUGAAAUGAUGUAACACAUUUAAAUCAAGAUUAGAAAACUACACUGACAUACUGUACUAAAGUAAACACAAUUAUUGCAACUGCGUCGCAGGUCCAGGUGUGCAGUGUAACAGGUGAAAGUGAAAAGGGAAGAAAAAAGCUAUUUUGUUGUCCUAAAAUUGUCUGAAACAUUAUCAGGAUGUUUUUCGAAUAAUCUUUAAACGAAAGUUGCAUUAAAAACAUUCAUAUGAAAUAUUGGGCGCAGUCUUUCCCCAUCUUUUGGAGCAUAUUUUUACCGUUUGUUCUCUCUUCAUCCUCAGCUUAUUGGAAUGCCACUCGAGCCUUCAUGAUCCUCUCUGCCAUGUCAUGCUUUGCUGGCAUCAUUGCAGGAAUCCUCUCUUUCGCUCACUUCUCUGCCUUCGAGAGGUUCAACCGCUCUUUUGCUGCUGGGAUCAUGUUCUUUGUUUCAAGUAAGUCAUGGAUUACAUAACGUCGUAUUGAUUUGCUCGGUCUUGCUGGUUAUAAAGCAUGUACUGUGAUGUGAAUUUGCAUUUUAUGUAAAUGUGCACCAGCAGAAAACAAAAGAUAACUUCUGCUGGUGCGCCAUGUGAAAGUGAAACCCUGUUAAUGCUGCACUUGUUUACUUUCUUUGCCCACUCUGACAGCUCUCUUUGUUCUGCUUGCAAUGGCCAUUUACACCGGGGUGACUGUGAACUUCCUGGGCAAGCGCUUUGGUGACUGGCGCUUCUCUUGGUCCUACAUACUAGGCUGGGUGGCACUGCUCAUGACUUUCUUUGCAGGUUUGUUCAAAAGGAGGAGCACUGCAGGAAUCAGUGUUAUCAGUUUUAUUAUAUUUUAUAAACAAAUCAUAACAUUACAGACACGGUUUUGUAGUAUAAACAUUGCAUUUAUAGUUUUUAAGGUGCUGCUAUGAACAAAACAUCAAAAAGGUCAAAACCUCAGUAAAAAUUUCAACCAUGCUGUUCAAACGUAUUGUAUGUAUUUCCUUCAUAUGAAAUAGUGUAUUCAUGUCCCAUUAUGCUUUUCUGUUCUGCAGGUAUAUUCUACAUGUGUGCCUACAGAAUGCAUGAGUGCAGAAGAGUGGCAGGUCCUCGUUAAGUAAACAGGAAAUGAUGUAAGAAAGCUGCAAAAGAAAUCAAUCCCCAUUCAAGGAUUAAAAUUUGCUGUACAAUAAUAAAAUUUCGAAAUCUGCAUAUGCACUACACACGUGUUGUGGAUUUAUCAUGGGUUAAGUUGAAAUUCUUGUGAUGCUAAAAGUCUGACAUGGUCUACAAAUAAACCAAAGUGGAAAAUCAGUACAAACGGCAUGAAACGUUUACAUAUAUAUGGAUUAUAAGGAGCAAAGCAGCUGAAUGUGCACAGAUUGUAUUAAAGUGUCCUUAAACUUUA